AUGAGUAUGAUUAAAGGAAUAAAGGGAGGAUUCUCCCAUGCCAAGAAGGACAAGAUCAAGAUACAAUAUGACAUUGAGUUCCAAUCAUUGUCCAAUCUUCCAAAUGAUUUCAAUGGACAUUCUCUAAGCAUCAAAUGGGAGCGUGGAAAGAACAAAGGUGAAACAAAGGAAUGCAAAAUACAAAAGCCAAAGACAACAACAACAACAUCCAACCACCACAACAAUGACCAUCUCAAACCAACCGCUGACAAUGCACUGGUACCAAUUGGAAAGAAUGAUUCCAUGUCAAAGAAACAAUCAAAGCUUCUAAUUGGCAGUCGUUUGGCAGACACUGCCAUGGUUGGAGGAGACUGCUCUGCAAUUAUCAAUGAGCAUCUAUCAUUCAAGAUCACACUCUUCUCUGAUACCCAAGUAUCAAAGGACAACUCAUUGACACCAAACUAUGAACAAAAGUUAAUGACUUUAUCUAUAUUAAUCGACAACACAACAAGGAGUACCACAUUGGUAGACCUUUCAAUGCACUCGGAGAACAAUGGAUCUUCUCCAAUCAAUAUACCUUUCCCAUCUUCAUCAUCACUUCAACCAACCUUAAAUUUAACAAUCAAGACCAACUACUUAAAGUACAACGAAAAGAAGAUCAUAAAGACAAGUCCUCCAGAUAGUGCCAGCAUGACCACUCCACACAAACUGAAUGGAGCCAACAACUUGAGAGAGAUAGAGGGCAAGGUAUACUUGAUUGGUGGCACCACCAGUGAGAGUGACCCACCAUCAGAGUCAAUCACAAGAUCAAACAGCUGGGAUGAAGAGACCGACUACACAUUCCAAAACAACAAGGACACCUUCCUCAGGACCACUGUCGAGAACAAGGAGCUGAGCGAGCGAUUGCAAGUGGCAGAGAAGUCAGUCGAGGAGUUCAGAGCCACCAUGGAGUCAAAGGACAGGUCAAUCAAAGAGCUCACCAGCAAUGUUGAGGUGUGCCAUGCCAGAGUUAUGGAGUAUGAGGAGCAAAUUCAUCGUGUCCAAGUACUGCAUGACCGCAUUCUGAAGGAGUUGAACAAGGAACGUGCCGACUUCCUCAACUACAAGCAGUUGGUCGCCAGUGGAAAGAGGCCAGAGUCGCCAGGUGAGGAGUCUUCCAGCAGCAGUGGCGCCGGAGCAGCAAAGAGUACAGAGCUUCUGGCGUUGGAGCAACUGAAUGACAAGCUCAAGGUGCAGCUACAGACGAUGGAGGAGGCUUGGAAGGAGGAGAAGGGUGCACUGGAGGAGAGCAACGACAAGCUGACCAAGCUGUUCCAGGAGAGCAAGGAGAAGGCAUCGUCACUGAGGACGGCACUUGAGAAGGAGUUGGCCAAGAGCAAUGCCAGUGACAUCAAAGAGAGUGAACUACGCAAACGUAUCACACAGGAGCAUGCACAGGAGCAACAUGCCAAACAGAUCCAACAGCAACCCUCAACGACCCAAGAGAAAGUACGUGCCAUCCUUAUGAAGCCACUAGUAGCAUGGUUCAUCACAGUAUUGAUGAUCAUGUAUCUGAUAUUCGGUGAUUCAUGU